AUGGAGCAGCCUGGUCAAUAUUCUGCUCAGCGCCAGCUUUUCCCGUCCCAGCAGCUGCCCCCGCCGUCGCAGCUCGGGCUCGCAUCUUUCUCAAGAACAAACACCCUUCCGCCCAUCUCCUCGAAUGCGAGGUACCCUCCCCCGACAUACCCCCAUCCCUCUCUCUCCUCCUCCGCGCCCCAACUCCCAUCCUUCCCGUCCCCCUCGUCCUCCCAGAUCCCCUGGAACACACACCGAACACCUUCCUCUCGCGACGAGCUCUCCCCCUCCCUCAGACAGCCUGAUCCCCGAUCUUCACACCGCAUGGACCGAGAGCCCCAGACAGUCGCGCCCCCGCCCCCGGAGCAGAAUCACGUCAAGCACGAGGGCGAGGACGGCAUGCCCUCGACCAGUGACUUUGUCAAGAAGCUUUACAAAAUGCUCGAAGACACCUCCUUCCACGAUGUCGUAUCCUGGGGUCCACAGGGCGACUGCUUCGUGGUCAAGGACAUGAACGAGUUCACAAAGUCGAUCCUGCCCCGCAUGUUUAAGCAUUCCAACUUCGCCAGCUUCGUGCGGCAGUUGAACAAGUAUGACUUUCACAAGGUCAAAAACACGGAUGAUAAUCAGUUCGGAGAACACAGUUGGACAUUCCGACAUCCUGACUUCCGCGCCGAUCGCCGCGAUGCGCUCGAGAACAUCAAGCGCAAGGUGCCCGCAGCGCGCAAGUCGACCGGCGGCCGAAAUGGCGCGUCACCGAGUCCUACUGCGAGUUCAGCCACCGUCGAGGCGUUGCAAGCGCAAAUAGAGCGCAUGGCAAACGACCAGGACGAGAUGGCGGUACACAUCCGUAACCUCGAGGAGAACUACCAGAACGUUCUCGGAGAGAUGGUCAACUUCCAGAGAAACAUGGCACAACAGGACGGUCUUAUGCAGAACUUAAUACAGUAUUUCUUGCAAUUGGAGAAUGGCAAAGUUAAAGCAGAAGAGCUGUCAAAUCCGGGUCAGCCUGGAUUCACAGAUGGAAAUCCGUUCCUCCCCGCGCAAGAGGCUCAACGCAUGAUGGGCGCUUAUCCGGAUGGAGACAUCGCCAGGGCCUCGCUCGCACAAAUGAACGAGAUCUCGCGUCGCGCAGAAGUCGCAGGGAUGUCCUUCGCGACCACUUCGGGGGGCGCGGCCCCGCGCGGUCCAGGCCGGCCUUCUUCCAGCGCGUCGAGAAUUAUAGCCGCCGCCGCGGGCCUCGUCCCAGGCGGUGCAUCCUCAGAUGGCACUCCCAUCCGCCCCAUGAGCCGUCAAGAUGUACUCGCGCGCAUGGAGGAACUGCAGCGGGCCCGGCCUGCCUCCUCGCAAGGCCAGAUCACGGCCCAGUCCAUGUCGCAGUCCCUCUCCCAACCACAGGCCUCCUCCUCGUCCUCCUCCUUACAGAUGCAGCCCACACCAGGAGGCGAGCAGCAGGACUUCGACGCGGACAGCUUCCUCAUGCCCGGCGGGGACUACGGGCUCUCGCAGGGGAACCUCAGCCACGAGGGCCUGCAGAUCUUUACCGUCGGGCACCUCAUGCCCCGGUCCGCGCUCGACGACGACAACGGGAACUGGUCGUUCGACGGAAACGCGCUCAAUGGCGUCGUUAUGCCCACCCCCCAAGGUAUGGGAGGCGAUCCCGAGCAGGAGGGCGAGAGCGACCAGCAGCCGUUCAUACCUCCGUCCGCGCCCGCAGCGGGCUUCCCCAGCGGCAGCACAGCGGGCCCCAGCAACGCUGUUGCGUCGACAUCAAGACCGGCCAGUGCGCAGACGCUGCGAGUACGUCGCUCGGCGUAUGUCCCUGGGUGGGCCGUCCCGCCUCGUGUGCUCCUCGUGGAUGAUGACGCCGUGAGUCGUCGACUGUCCAGUAAGUUCUUGCAAGUGUUCGGGUGCACGAUCGAUGUUGCGGUUGACGGUGUCGGCGCUGUGAACAAGAUGAACCUCGAGAAAUAUGAUCUCGUGCUCAUGGACAUAGUCAUGCCCAAGUUGGACGGUGUGUCCGCGACGUCGCUGAUCCGCCAGUUCGACCACAUGACGCCGAUCAUCUCGAUGACGAGCAACUCGAAGCCGAAUGAGGUCAUCAAGUACUACUCCUCAGGGAUGAACGACAUCCUCCCCAAGCCGUUCACAAAAGACGGCUUGUUCGACAUGCUCGAGAAACACCUGAUGCACCUCAAGGUGAUCCAGACGAUGUCCAAAGUACCGCGGUCGGUCGGGAUCCCGCCGCUCUCGGACAGCAACUUCGACCAGGCGCUGAGUGUUGCGAGCCCGUUCGCCAUCCCGUCGGGCGAGGACGACGGGAAGAUCAACCCUCUGGCAGGCAUGGGUCUCACGGACGAGCAGUACAGCCUGAUCCUGCAGAACCUCGUCAACGGCGAGUCAUUCAUGGGCAUCGGCCCGCUCGAGGGCGCCGGCGGCGAUAAGCGACCACUGGACGACGCGCCUGACGGCCGGGACGGCAAGCGGAGCCGCUUUGAGGUCGUCGAGUAA